UUUGCUUUGUAGUCAGGCAGACAUAACAUAGUUGUCCAAUCACAAAAAAUUCUGAAAGGGGAUUUUUGCUGUAGCUUUGGCUCAGGGUGAAGAAAGUUUCUGAUGAACUCCACCAACGGAGCGGAGCAGAGAACAGGCUUUGUGGAAUUCAGCUCCGACUACAUCGAUUCGCUCAAGAGGCCUCAGGGUGCGUUUGCCACCGCUGUGUGAGCAAACAAUGACGGAGGACAGGUUGAAGGCAGACCCCUCCAAGCGGGAGGGUCUGGACUCAGGAGAGGGAGACACAGAGCCUAGCCUGCUGCUGCAGAAACUAAAGAGCAACAUCUCUAAGAAUAUACAGGGGAAAGUGGAUGUUAUCCUGCAAGAUGUGCAGCGCUUCUCUGACAACGACAAACUCUACCUUUACCUCCAGCUGCCUUCUGGCCCCAGUUCAGGGGAGAAAAGUCUGGCAAUGGCCCCGCUGGCACAACUUAGGCGGUGGUGUAUUUCUGCAUCGAUGUCAGCUUUGGAGGACAGAACACUGCCAAGCAGCAGCAGCAGCAGCAGCAGUGACCCCAGUUCCUUCAACACAGCUGACCAGCUGCACACCUGCAACUGGAUCCGCAGCCACCUGGAGGAGCACGUAGACACCUGCCUGCCCAAGCAAGACGUCUACGAGACAUACAAGAGAUACUGUGAAAACCUGCAGCACCGGCCUCUGAGUGCUGCCAACUUUGGGAAGAUCAUCCGUGACAUCUUCCCCAACAUCAAAGCCCGGAGGCUCGGUGGCAGGGGACAGUCCAAAUAUUGUUAUAGUGGAAUUCGUAGGAAGACAGUGCUAAACAUGCCACUGUUGCCAAACCUGGACCUGAAAAAUGACCCAUCGGAGCUGACGGAGCUGGUGCAGACCUACAAGCAAGAGGUGACGGAGGCGGCUUGUGAGCUCAUCUGUGAUUGGGCCCAGAAGAUCCUCAAACGUUCCUUUGACACAGUGGUCGAGAUUGCCCGUUUUCUUGUGCAGGAGCACAUCGUCAACCCACGCUGCAGCCAGGCUGAACUCGUCACUUCUGCCGCGAUGGCAGGAGGACCUGCAAAGCCCCACAAGGUGAUCAAGAAGAACCCAGUACCGUCAAAAGGAGGUGGGCCGGAGACAGAAGGGAGCAGCUCUGAUGCUAAGAGAGAUAAAGAAGUUGGGGAUCAGUCGUCGCCGGGGACACUGCAGUCCAGUGACAAGCCAACCAAAGGGGCGGAGUCAGUACGCCCGGGGGAUCGUGACCUGCAGGUGGAGGCUCUGAUGAAGCACCUGCCCCGAAUCCUGCCUCGCAGCUCCGUCCCGGAUAAGUCCCAAGGCGGGACCGUCAUGAUCCUCCCCCACACCGUCAGCCUAUCCUACCCCGAAAAAGCCCCGCCGGUUACCAUGGUGCCCGUGGCACCAACGUCGGUGGUGCAGAGGGCCCGUGCCGUGACCAAACGGGCCCUCGAGGCUCCGACUGCAACCUGCGGGGGCCCCGAGCCGGGAGGCACGCCGGCCAAACGGAAACGAGGACGACCCAGGAAGCCACGGCCAGAGGACACCACCUCUCCACAACCGCCCCCUCCGUCCCUACCUUUGGUCAACCAAGCCCACAUCAUGAAGUCCCUCACUGGAGGGGUGAUCCAGAAAGCCUGCUCGUCCUCCUCCUCUUCCCAGGUGGUGGAGGUCGUGUUCCAGGACCAGCAUGCCGUGGUGCUCGGCCAGCUACAUUCGGUAGCGGACUCUGGCAACCCAGAGCAGCGGGAUGUGGUGCUCGAGACUGACCCACGGCCCUUGCUGCUGCUGCCAGGGACCAGCCACGCAAACUGGGACAUGGGCAGGGCCAUGGUAGAGGUCAUCCAGAGGGCACCGAGACCCCCCACCACCAAGAACAACAACAACUCCCAGUCUAUCCCCCAGCACCGCCUGCCCCUGCCCACUUUGCUGGAGGAUCGAGGUGAGGUGGAGAUCACCCUCACCCCCAUGGAGCCUUCGGAAGAUCUGCCGACCCCCACCACCCAGGCUAGCUCGGAGGGCCGCCCUGCGCCUGAUGACAGCACUAAGGUUGAAAGACCCUAGCACUGGCCCUCCCAGUCCCGAACCUCACCCUCCUUGUCCCAGAGACUAGGGAGCACUAUUGGACUUUAUACUACCCUCAGCAUGAAGAUAACCACCCCCAAUCCCCCAAUCAUCUUCUCCCAGGUAGCAAGCUUCAUCUGGCUCCACACAGUCCCUCUCCCAUCUUACCGAUUGGUGGAAAUCAAAGAUUGGCGGCACAGAGAGCCAAGAAGGAUUGAUGAAGCCAAACCGCUACAUACCCCUGUUGACCUUCCAUUAGCCCUUGCAUUUGACAAUGUAAAAAGGGCCGUUUAUAACUCUUUGCUGUGACUCUAACUGCAUGUUUUUCUUUGUAAUUGUGAGCGAAGAUAUAGACAAAGGCGGCUCCAUACUCCUGAGAUUGGAUUUCUUGUAGUUCUGAUGACGAGGAGGGGCUAUUUACGGGUUCAGACCAUUCAAGGUUCUAAGUGCUACUCUCCCCGAGAGGAACUUCCCUCAAAGCGUUAUUUUUUUUAUAUCUUUGGUUGUGUUAUGUUGAUGUUUGUAGUUGUGCUUUCAAAUAGACUUCCAGAGUAAAGGCGUCCGCAUGCUUCCCAGACUAAACAGUUAGGAAGAGUUUGUGCAUAUAUUAUGAUGACAUUUUGUGACGUUUCUGUUCAUUUUGGACUUCGGUAAGGAUUUUUCGGCUGUUCGGGAACACCCCAAAAAAUUCUAGAGGCAAGCCAAAGUCGGUAGCCGAAGUCUACGCCCAUUCGUCAGUAAUUGGUCAACAGUCGGGAUUCUUCAAUAAAGUCUUUGUUGUCAUUUAACGAGAGACGACUAAUUUUCAUGCACAUUAUUUCAUUGAGAAAUACUGCAACAAACAUCUUAGUUAGAUGUAAAAUUGCGCGACUAAGAUCUUUGUAAAAACGUCCAAAUUAAUGACAGAUUUCUUGAGUUAUCUUAGAUUAAUUCUGUCUAUUUAGAGGAAGUGUAUACUGGCUACGGCAUCUCAAAAUGGACAAACUACUAGUACUAAAGUACUAUUGCUGCACACUCGUUGGGUUUGCCAAGCCAAGUGUGGCUAGUCGCCAACCAGACUGAAGCAUGCUGACGCCUUAAGAAAGGAGAAGGCAUGACACUGCUGGUGGAACUACAUUUAAAUGAUGCCCCUGUCAGGCAUCGGAACUGGAUCUGCGACUGUAUUCUAAAACAUUGUGUGACAAGAUUGUGAGUUUGCCCCCCUUCCCCAAAACCCCUAAACUAGAGUAUGACGGAAAAGCGAGCACUUACCUGGGCGUAAUUCCAAUAUUACAGCACUUCCUGUUAGCGACUUAGUGUAAAUGACAAAAGAUUAUAGACACCAUAUAGGCAAGACUAUGACAAACAGUCGUUUAGGUUUGCCUUUGCAUUUUGAAUUUACAGCACCUCAGACGAAAGCAUUAAAGCACAAACCUGCGAGCCUAGUGUAAAACCUUGAGCGUGGCAAAGAGACUUAAUGGAAUAUUAGAGCUGAUUUAGUAAAUAAUUUAGCCUGAUGCUAAUGCUAAUGUAGGUUGCCAAACCCUUUUUUAUAAGUACCUGUAUACACUCUAGUACUAUAAUAUAAUUUUCACAAAUUCAAACUGUCUGGCAGAGACAACUGUUUUUUAGCCACCAUUGCCAAACGUUUAAACUCUGGCUUUGCCUAGGGGUGCAUACAUCUUAUAUGCAUUACGUAGCAGUACAUGAUAAUGUAAGAUACUGAUACCCUUCUCUCCAAAUCCAGCAUAUCAUCCAAAGUAUGAUCAACCUUAAAUAGGCUGGUUAUGUGUUUUUUUUUUUUUAUACCUUCCAUCCUUUGACAAGGGUAGAUUUAAAUUUGUAAUCUCCAGCCUUAGCCCUUUUGGAAUUAAAUUGAAACAGAUGUCAAGAAUAUUUGCACUGAUAUGAAGAAAGCAAAAAGGGAAGAGCCUGUUAGUUAAUAAUAGUAAUGAUUACUAGAAAUUAUAAACUGGGUGGUUCGUGCACUGAAUGCUGAUUGGCUGAAAGCUGUGGUAUAUCAGACUGUAUACCAUAGGAAUGACAAAACAUUACGUUGGUAACCAGUUUAUAAAUUCAAUAAGGCACAUCGGGGGUUUAUGUUUAAAGGCUGUGUUUAGGCACUCCCCGUUGCGUCGUGACUAAGAACGGCCCUUAGCCCGUGAUAUUUUGGCCAUACACCACAUCCCCUCGGGCCUUAUUUCUUAAUUAAACUACGAUUAAAAACAUGAUUGUUAUGCUUGAGGUAGUUUUGGAACAAGCAAUGUUAGCUUUAUUUUUCAAUGGAGUUGAUGGUUUGACUGAAUUGAGAAUAAGCACAACAGAAUUAUACUUUAUUAUUAGUUUAUGCCACAUUAUUGUCCUUCUGUAAACUAUGGGCUUAUGAAGAGACAAACUGGAUGUAAAUUCAUGGUGCAUGCAUUUGGUGCUGUAAUGGUGAUGACUCAAGAUUGUCUACACACUACGCUAUUUUCCCGGGAAAACAGGGAUUCCCUAUGUCUGUCUUCAAACCCUGACGAUUUUCUUCCCUGCCUGUAUGUAGUACAGGGGUGACCAACCAUAGACAUACAUGUGGCCAACCUUCUUGUAGGCAGGCUUUUGUCCCUGCACUGUUCUUACACACCUGAUUCUAUUCUACUAAUCAACUGCUCAUUAUUAGCUAAAUCAGUUGUGUUAAAGCAGAGCUAGAACGAAAUCCUGCACACUUUGUAGCUCCCCGGUGAGGACGGUGUGCCGCCCCUGAUCUAGUAUAUUCUAUUGGUCUGUUAAUUGUGUAAUUACAUGUACAUGGUUAUAGUAACUCACCUUAUCCUCAUUCAUGACAUUGGACUAUGAGCUAGCAAUGAUCUCCUGAGUUGUAUUAGUCAAUCGACAGAUCAAGUUAAUAUCAGUAAAAGAGGUAGGUUUGAAGGACGACUACAGAUUAACUGCAGGCCCAGGGGACUUACAUGGGGAACCUCUUCCAUAAAUAAGUACAUGUCCUUUAGUGUGCAUUUAAAUGAGUAUUGCAGUAAGUGAAUGAGUGAGUGGGAGAACUUUCACUGUGGAGCCACGGUGCUCAAAAGAAACGGGUCAGAGAUUCAAAGAUAAGGAUCUUGAUACGGGUAGCAGUGCCUUGACCUUAACUGCCGGUUAAACCACAUCAUGACCGACCACGGUCAAGCUUUGCAGAUGCUCUGUUGAUGGUGGUAACACUCUAAACUAGCCCGGCUAGCUAUGUAGGGGUUAAGUAGCUUCAUAGCUUUGCUUUGCAGUUUGUUUGAGUUCAUGCAAAUAAAAAGAUUGCAAAUGAGUAAUUUUGUUAAUAUUGUUGUUUUAUCAAAUCUACGAAAACAUUUUAUCAUAUGUGCUUUUGUUGAUAUACGUCUGUGAAGUUUCAUGUAUUGUACAGGUCACUUGAUGUGCUGUUUUAACAUGAAUGUCUUUGAAUUUCAAAGACACUUAGAGUUCAAAGAAACCUAUCCAUGCAUGGUUUUAUGUGACAGAGAUUCUAUUACUCUAAAAUAAAAAAUAAAAACACUGUUACUCCUAGCUUAGAAACAUGUCAAAACAUAAAAUGUAUUGACUAGGGGGUUUAUUAAAAAUGGGAUGUAUUAUCUGUUUUAGUUUACAUGUAUAAUCCCCCAGGUUGUGUUUUGCACUUUAUUCAUACCGGAAGACUAAGUCAUUUAUAAUUGGUGUACACAUAAAAAACAGAAUCCUGAUUUGAUAAAUAAGUGUCACACCUUACAUGUUAGUAAUUUUAUACAUGCGACUCUGAAUGCCCUUGUUUGAAAUUGUUUCCAAUUUGUUUUUUUUGUAAAUCAUCGUCUCAGAGAUUUUGUGACAUUUACAUCUAUGCUUCCUUUAAAAAAACACAACUAAACAAAAUGAUGCCAACGACUAAUGUGAAUAUAUUUUCCUAUGCUGACUGUAAUAAAUGUUGUUAAAGGUAACUGGAGAGAUGUUACAGUA